GAACCGUAAGCCUGAUUUGAUCGCGUAUCUGUUGCUUGCUGAUUAAGUUAAUUUUGGGUCAGGUCCGCUCUCAUUCAAAUUUUCCGAUUCUAAAAUCUUUCUCCUCUCUCCACUCCACUUUAUCUAAAAAAUUAUUUUUUCAGUUUUUUAUUUUAUUUUGGUGUGGCUUCUUACACCAUAUUCGAUCGGUUUCACAAAAACAUCUUAAAGACAAGGAACUUAAUCUGCAACUGACUCCGCAACUCACCGGUAAUUUUUGAAGUGCCAAUUUUACAUCACACUAACACACACAAAAUAAAAUAGUAUUUGAUAAGAUUCUGUGAUGAAAUAAGAAAAGGAAUGAAUAAUGAUGGCGUGAAAGUGAAGAUCCUUUUGAAUCGGAGGAAAUUGCUGUGGAAUUUGAAUUGAAAAGUUGUUAAUUUCUUAGUUGUUGAUUCGUGAUGGAGAAAUACGAGCUGGUUAAGGAUAUAGGUUCUGGGAAUUUUGGUGUUGCGAGACUCAUGCGUCACAAAGAUACCAAAGAACUCGUUGCCAUGAAAUUCAUUCAACGUGGUCACAAGAUUGAUGAGAAUGUUGCUAGGGAAAUAAUUAACCAUAGAAGUCUUCGUCAUCCUAAUAUUAUUCGCUUCAAAGAGGUGGUUUUGACUCCUACUCAUCUUGGUAUAGUUAUGGAGUAUGCUGCUGGUGGAGAGCUCUUUGAGCGAAUUGUCUCUGCUGGAAGAUUCAGUGAAGACGAGGCUCGAUAUUUCUUCCAGCAGCUCAUCUCAGGAGUUAGCUACUGCCAUUCCAUGCAAAUCUGCCAUCGAGACUUGAAACUUGAGAACACAUUAUUGGACGGUAGCCCUGCCCCACGGCUCAAAAUUUGCGAUUUUGGUUAUUCUAAGUCCUCUCUCCUGCAUUCUAGACCUAAAUCAACAGUGGGAACUCCAGCUUACAUAGCACCUGAGGUUCUUUCACGUAAAGAAUAUGAUGGAAAGUUGGCAGAUGUAUGGUCAUGUGGAGUGACUCUUUAUGUAAUGCUGGUGGGAGCAUACCCAUUUGAGGACCAAGAGGAUCCAAAAAAUUUCAGGAAAACCAUUAAUAAAAUUCUGGCUAUUCAAUACCAGAUUCCGGAUUAUGUUCACAUAUCUGAAGAUUGUAAACAUCUGCUGUCUCACAUUUUCGUGACAAGUCCAGCUAAGAGAAUCACCAUUAAGGAAAUCAAGUCUCAUCCAUGGUUUUUAAAGAACUUGCCUCGAGAAUUGACUGAAAUGGCUCAAGCUGUUUACUACAAAAAAGAAAAUCCAACUUAUUCUCUUCAGAGCAUUGAAGACAUUAUGAAUAUUGUUGAGGAAGCUAAAUCCCCGUCUCAAGUGUCUAGGUCAGUUGGGGUUUUUGGCUGGGGAGGAGUAGAAGACGACGAAGAAACAAAAGAAGCCGAAGCUGAGGUGGAAGAAGAUGAAUAUGAAAAGAGAGUCAAGGAAGCACAGGAAAGUGGAGAAUUCAAUUUCAACUAAUAACGAAUAAAUGUUCAUUUUUAGAUAGAGUUAUAGAUUCUUGGUUUCCUUUGCUCUUUGGUUAUGUUCUGUUAGGGCAGGUGUGUUUUGUUCUCAUGUAUAAAAUUCAGUUUUCUUCCUAGAACAAAAUAUAUAAAUAAUGGCUGUAAAUUAUUUAAAUGAUUGCACAAGUUUGUUAGUGUUGACCGUAUUACAAGUAUUAAGUUAUGUUUUUUAA